AUGGAUCGAAGAGAGUCUGAAAUAUCUGCUGCAAAGAGAAUUCUCCACGACGCUAUGCGCCAUCUAGAGAGAGCGGAAGGUGAUACUCGGCAAGAGUUUAGCCCAUCUGGAGAGGUUACGAAUCAACACAAUCAGCGAGAAGGCUCACGCCCUGUUGAAGGCAACCAGAGGGUCAGCCAUCAGUCCAGUUCUAGUGGAAUUACGUCAAUAGCAGUAGAACAGCGGCGUCUUUUUGGACAUGGCAGCAGACCAAGAGGCUGUGAGUCCAGAACUCCGAGAGGUGUGAAGAGGAAAGCGCCAGCAAACAGUGAUCGGAGAAAGCCUUAUCAACUGGGACAUCGCAAAGUAUGGACAUUUAGUGUUAUGUGCUUAGCUGACAACCAGUGUGACACACCUCCUUCUCGUGAUCGGAAAUUGGAGCUGCUUGCAGCUGGCUUGGGAGAAAAGAAAGUCACUCUUGGACAGUCAGAUGACUACCUCGAGGUGCACAACACACUUCUUGAACAUUUUCCCGCGCUGGAGAGUACUGGGUACGAGGUAAUGAGGUUGACUGCUCGCCGCCAACUGGAAGUUAUUCCAUCUUUGGAUAUGACAGCUAUACAUUUGAAGACAGUGUUUGAUCAAGCCAAGAUGUAUCUCAGACCGAUUGCUAAUAGCAUUGACUUGGAGACCGUAGACAUGCACGAUAGCACGAGCACAGACAAAGUACAGCCAAUGGUUCCCUGCCUUCAUUGUGGUAUAGACGUGGAAAUGCCAUCACUGAGAGAGCAUAUGAAGAUCCAUUCAAGUUGUGUCACAAAACCUCAGAGCCCCAGAAGGCGUUCACAAGAAGGACGAAAAGGACGAGAAGGACAAAAACGCAAGAAACAGGCCAGACUACAGUUAGAAACACGAUCUGAAACUGUACUGCCUGCGUCUGCAGUGGUAUGCACUGGCAUCCUUUUCUAUGUCUGUAAGCUUACCUAA